AUGGGUCGCAGCAAGCGCGAGAAUGUGGAUGACACGGAUCACGCGGAGAAGCGGAGACGCGGCAAGGCUCGACAGGGCGGUGAUGUUAGUACAUUGCUGCACCAGCAUGACCUGCGUGCGUUGCGUGUGCAAGAUAUGCCAUGGUCUGUGCAGCAGCCCGACCAGUAUGCCACAGCAGGGUAUGAAGGCGAUGCACCCGCUGUCAAGGACCUGGCUGCAUACAUGAUAUCCAGUGUGCAUCUUCCUCGAGCGUCACAACUAUUGCAUGUGGCUUGGGUGCCGCGUUUAUCGCCUUGGUCUGCGUCGCCAGAGUACCAUGAAUGUUCCUAUCCGCUCCAUGCAACACCCCUACGAUUUUCUGUGGCAUCACACGAGCGUGAGGAGUCUCUGUCUAUCCAGCCAUACGAGUCUGCUCGCAUAACUGAUCCAGCCCACCCGUCACGUCCCAUUCAUUUGCUAGACGCAGUUGGCCACGUAUACGACCUGGCAUGGGCUCCCUUUGUAGAUACGGACUGGCUCGCUGUCGCGUGUACCAAAACGCGCGGCAAGGGCGACGAUGAAGGCAUGCUUCAGUUUUGGAAACACACUGACGACGUGAAUAUGGCGUUCACCAUCAAGUUGGAUGACACACCUCUUCGAGUCGGAUGGCGCCCAGGUGUAACUGCGCCCAACACAUUGGGUACGCUGGCCGUAUCCAUGAAGAAAGGGCACGUUCUGGUGCUGGAUAUCCCUUGCACGGAGGCCAAGUGCAUCCAGCUUACUCCGCGUAUGAUAUUGCAGGUGCCUGGCACAUCAUGCUUCAGUGUGGCAUGGGGCGGAGAUGCACGCCUUGCGUCCGGAUGCACGAAUGGCCAUAUUGCGGUAUGGGACGUGGAUGCCAGUGAAAAGCCCCUUAUCGAUGCGCCUGUGCACGAUACACUGGUGAGCGCUGUGAGCUGGCAGAUGCUACCCCCCUUCAAUACGUCUGGCAGCCCCGAUCUGGCUGCGCGUCCUCAGAUUCUCCUUUCUGUCGGAUGGGAUGGAUCCGAGCAUGUGACAGACGUACUCGACCCUUAUGCUACAGCGCGUUUCGCACACAGUCGUGAGCCCCGGUAUGCUGCUGUAUGGGCGCCAUGGAAUGGAGCUUGGAUUGUGGACAUGGGUGACCAUCAGUUCGGGUCCGUGUCGCUCCGAACGCACGAUGUGGGAAAACACCAUGUGGUUGGCUUCCACCACGGACGCAUUCUCGCGCUGGACGCGUCGGCGUUCCAUCCAUUCAUCGCAUCGGGCUCCGCGGAUGGAUCUGUACACAUCAGCAAUGCGCUGCAGGUAUCUAAGCGCAAGGCCAUAGAGCCAGGCGGCCGUCUCAUGCAUAAGCGCUUCCGACUUGUUCGGCGCGAUGAAUCGUCUUUUUCACUGCGUCAUGGGUACUAUCCAGAGGGCAUUUUACCCACAGCCCAAGGUGCGAAGCAAGCAGUCCUCUCAGUUGACCGCUGGGAUCCAGCGGUCGGCGUCACGAGUGUGGCAUGGUGUCCUAAUGCAUCUCGUGCUCUUUUGCUUGCCAGCGGAACAGGGAUUGGUCUAGUACGCAUAGAGUGCGUCGAGUCUUAA